UCGGGAGCCCACGCCACACACACCUCCCAGCAAUUCCUUCCCCCUGCCUGCCCGCGUUGAAGUCGUUCGACCUUGAGGUCACCGACAUCGACACUCCUUAAUCAUCUUGGACUCUUCUCGUUGUUCACCUUCGGCACCCUCGUCAAACCACCGGUCAACCAACAAAAAAGACACUCAGCAAAAUGUCUCACAGGAAGUUCGAAGAGCCUCGAUCCGGUUCGCUUGGGUUCUUGCCCCGAAAGCGUGCUGCCCGUCACAGGGGUAAGGUCAAGUCGUUCCCCAAGGACGACCCCAGCAAGCCCGUCCACUUGACUGCCCUCAUGGGUUACAAGGCCGGUAUGACCCACGUCGUCCGUGACUUGGACCGACCCGGUUCCAAGAUGCACAAGCGAGAGGUCGUCGAGGCUACCACCGUCAUUGAGACCCCUCCCAUGGUCGUCGUUGGUGUUGUCGGAUACGUCGAGACCCCCCGAGGUCUGAGGUCAUUGACCACCGUCUGGGCCGAGCACUUGUCGGACGAGUUGAAGAGGAGGUUCUACAAGAACUGGUACAGGUCGAAGAAGAAGGCCUUCACCAAGUACGCCAAGAAGCACUCGGAGAACAACGGUGCCUCGAUCGCCCGAGAGCUCGAGAGGAUCAGGAAGUACUGCACCGUCGUCCGUGUCCUCGCCCACACCCAGAUCAGGAAGACUGGUUUGGUCCAGAAGAAGGCCCACUUGAUGGAGAUUCAGGUCAACGGAGGAAGCGUCGCCGACAAGGUCGAGUUCGCCAAGUCUCACUUUGAGAAGACCGUCGACGUCAAGAGCGUGUUUGAGCAGAACCAGGUCAUCGAUGUUAUCGGUGUUACUUCGGGUCACGGAACUGAGGGUGUCACCCACCGAUGGGGUGUUACCCGAUUGCCCAGGAAGACCCACCGAGGUCUUCGAAAGGUCGCCUGUAUCGGAGCUUGGCACCCGUCGAACGUCAUGUACUCGGUUCCCCGAGCCGGUCAGAACGGUUACCACCACCGAACCGAGAAGAACAAGAAGAUCUACAGGAUCGGAAACGGUUCGGACGCCAAGUCGGGUGCCACCGACUACGACGUUACCGACAAGACCAUCAACCCUCUGGGAGGAUGGCCCCACUACGGUAUCGUCAACGAGGACUUCGUCAUGGUCAAGGGAGGUGUUCCCGGUACCCUCAAGAGGCCCCUCGUUCUCCGUGUGUCCCUCCAGGUUCACACCUCGAGGACUCACUUGGAGAAGGUUGCUUUGAAGUUCAUCGACACUUCGUCGAACUACGGACACGGUAGGAUGCAGACCAAGGAGGAGAAGCACGCCUUCUACGGUCAGAUGAAGAUCAAGGCUUGAGUGGUUUAGCCAACUUGACGACUUGUUUUUCCGUGAAUCGCGCUCGCGACUUGUAUUAUGCCGUAGCGCUUGAUUCAUCAUACGCCCAGC